AUGGAUGCCCCUGCCGGCGGAGGCCCCUCUGCCGGGGGCUCUUCCAAACGAGCUCCGCGGGGUGCCGCAUGCCUAAAUUGUCGCAGGCGCAAAAUGAGAUGUGACGGCAUACGCCCCGUCUGUGGGCAGUGCAUCCGUACUAACAGGGAGAUAGACUGUGAAUACACAGACGGUCCAGGCCCUAGCCCUACGCAGGUCCUUGAAGAGCAGAUCGCUCGUUUGGAGUCUCGUAUACGAGAGCUAGAGCAUCCUGAGCUGGUACAACCUUCCGUUACUUUGAACCCAGCAGGCACGUCUGGACUGCGGACCCAGUCUCCCUCCAGUGAGCUUGCUGACCUGUUUCAAAAAUCUGUGCUCACCUCAUCCACAGUGUCCAUAGGCUCGGCUGGAAGGUCUUUACUAGGCCGCGUGGUGACGCCUGAUAUGGUGGCUGCUGCCAUGCCGGCAGGUGCCGCUUCUCUCUUGUCUGAGGACCCUGCCGUGGAGCCUCCACAAGACCUCGUACGAAACAUGGUCAACUCGUUCCUCUCCCACAGCGGCUCGCUCAACUUCUUCCUCCACGUCCCCCGGUUUUUGCAGGCAAUUCAGCAGCCAAACAUCGAUAACCGGCGGGUCCAACUCUCACCCGCCCUUCUGAAUGCCGUAUACCUUUGGGGCGCCCAUCUGUCCACGUCCAACGCGCUCCGUGCCUAUGAGCCGAUAUUUCAGACUCGCGUUACUAACGCCCUCUCCUCCGCCCUCCGAGAGUCUCAAUACAGUGUCAUCAACCUCAUUCAAGCCGAAGUGCUCGUCGCCAACUACUUCUUUACCAUGUCACGUUUCCUCGAGGGCCGCUACCACUGCAGCGCUGCAGUUGCGCUGGCGCUCAGCUGUCGACUGCAGAAGAUGCGGAGUUCUGCGGAUCAUGGCAUCGGACGCACGGGCACGCAAGUGCGUGAGUACAACCUGCCGCCGCCCAGGGACGCGAUCGAGGAGGGCGAGCGCAUGCGCGGCUUCUGGUACGUGUACGCGAUGGACAAGAGCUGGGCCGUCGCGAUGGGCUCCCCGUCCCACUUCAACGGCGCGGCCCAAAGUGGCCUGGACACCCCGUGGCCGCUGGAGAUGGCGCAGUACGAAGCGGGUGGGUACCCGCCCGACUAUCGCAGUGCGCUCACGGUGUACACCUUCGUGAGCGGGGGUCCCGCACCACCCGUUGGAGGCCGCGACUCGCAGCUCGCGCUGCGCGCAAAGGCUGCUAUCUUGUUCGAGCGGGCCACUGCGCUCGCGUCUGAAUGGUCUUCCACGACGACCGACCGCACCGAGUUUUACGGUAGAUUCGCGCUGCUGGACGGUCUCAUCGACCGCUUCAUCGCCACUGUUCCUCCUAUUGACCGCACGGGCAACCCUGACGUCGCGCUGACCUCUCUCGUUACUCACACCCUCGCCCGCGCGGCGACGAUCCAACUACGCAGCAGCUUCAGGGACUACGACAGGGUGAACGACGGCAAGGACCUCGUGGCCGCCCAGACGGCCGCCGUCAUCCUCGAGAGCUUCAACAUCGUCUCGCGCCAUGUCGACCCCAUCCUAGCGAUCCUCUGGACGGCCGUAUGCCGCGUCCUCAUCGCGUCCGCUGCCGCAGGACCAAGCAACGCGCGUGCGCCCCUCCGGGCGAUGCUGGACCGGGUCCUUGCCGCGAUGAACCGGUUUCGGGAGACGUCCCCGCUGAUGGGUAUGCUUCACGACGGCUUCGUUUCCGUGCAGGGCGCGCUGUGA